CCCGCCCCCUCCACAGCCAUUGGUUGUUCGUCCACUAAUCGGCAGCGCAGCAGGGCCUGAGGGACUGCAUAUGUAAAGAGCUGCUUAAUAUUCAUGAGCAGUUUUCGGGGCUUAAAGUGGUUGAUUAGUGGCUUCACACAGCUCUGCUGCCCGGCUGUGUGUGUGUGUGACAGUCCGUGUGUGUGUGUCCUGCCUUCAGCCCCGUCACUUUCUCUCUCUCUCUCUCACUCUCUCUCUCUCACACACACACACACUCACUGACAUCCACACAGAGCUGAGCCCGUGCCGCUGCACACACUCCGCUGAAUGAACGGAGCGCAAGAAAGGACGGAGGAAAAGAGAGGAGACAUUUAAAAGAAAAAGAAACAAACAAAAAAGAAUUUGUUCUUCUUGUUUUUCCGGAGAGGCUGACCCGACAAUGACCCGCCCUCGUCGAUGGAUUUGGUAGGACGUCCGCUCCCCGAGUGUUCUUUAAUGCACUCUGAACAAGAAAUGAACCUAUCGAAGGGCCCUCUAGUGAACAGCAGCAGUCAAGACAACUCCAAGUCCACCUUUGGUAAAUGCAGCGCUGGGGUGUGGAGGAUGCACCAGAGCUACGAUCCAGUGGAGGUCACCCACAUGAGAGACGCACAUGCCCUCUACAACCCAAGGCUUCUCUGCAGAAUGUCCGGUAAGGAGCGCCACCUAGAGUCCAACUGUCCAUCCUCCUAUAUAAAGACUGAACCAUCUAGUCCUGCCUCCUUGACUGACAGUCUAAACCAUCACUCACCUGGUGGCUCCAGCGACGCCUCAGGCUCGUACUCGUCCACCAUGAACGGCCACCCCAACGGCCUGGACUCCCCAAGUCUUUAUGGCUCCAACGCUGCCCCCCUGGGCCCGGCCGGUGGUCCCGGAUCAAAGCGUUACGAGGACUGUUCGUCAACGAUCGGGGAAGAGUCUCAGAUCAAAUGCGAGUACAUGCUGAAUUCAAUGCCUAAGAGGCUUUGUCUGGUCUGUGGAGACAUCGCGUCAGGAUACCACUAUGGAGUGGCGUCCUGUGAGGCCUGCAAGGCCUUCUUCAAACGCACCAUCCAAGGGAACAUCGAGUACAGCUGUCCAGCCACCAACGAGUGUGAGAUCACCAAGAGGAGGCGCAAGUCCUGCCAGGCCUGCCGCUUCAUGAAGUGUCUGACUGUGGGGAUGCUGAGGGAGGGUAAGGGAAAAGGUGUUCGUCUGGACAGGGUACGUGGUGGGAGACAGAAGUACAAGCGCAGGAUAGAUGCUGACAACAGUCCAUACCUGAACCCCCAGCUGGCUCUGCCCCCCAAGAAACCAUUUGCCUUUGGCUGCCUUGCAGAUAACAAAAUUGUCUCUCACCUGCUGGUGGCUGAGCCCGAAAAAAUUUACGCCAUGCCUGACCCCACCGUCCCGGACAGCGACAUCAAGGCCCUGACUACGCUCUGUGACCUCGCAGACAGAGAGCUGGUGGUCAACAUCGGCUGGGCCAAACACACUCCAGGUUUUUCCACCCUGUCGUUGGCAGACCAGAUGAGUCUACUGCAGAGUGCAUGGAUGGAGAUCCUGAUACUGCGUGUGGUGUACCGCUCCUUGUCCUUUGAAGACAAGCUGGUCUAUGCUGAGGACUACAUCAUGGACGAGGACCAGUCCAAACUGGCUGGACUUCUGGAUCUGAACAACGCCAUCCUUCAACUGGUCAAGAAAUACAAGUCCAUGAAGCUGGAGAAGGAGGAAUUUGUUACACUGAAAGCCAUAGCUUUGGCCAACUCAGACUCCAUGCACAUUGAAGACGUGGAUGCAGUGCAGAAGCUCCAGGACGUUCUCCACGAGGCCCUGCAGGACUACGAGGCCUCCCAGCACCAGGAGGACCCCCGCAGGACGGGCAAGCUGCUCAUGUCCCUGCCUCUGCUGCGGCAGACCUCCACCAAGGCAGUGCAGCACUUCUACAGCAUCAAGCAAGACGGAAAAGUCCCCAUGCACAAACUGUUCCUGGAGCUGCUGGAGGCCAAGGUGUGAGGACCAGGGGCCGGUCCAAGGAAGGAGCAGAACCAGUCGGACCCGUCCAGACUGUAGACCUCAGAACUCUGACCGACUGUGUUGAGUCGUUUCUUCUUCUCUUUUACACACACACACACACACACACACACACACACCAACAGUCCAACACACAGGAGGAAUCUGUGAAUGAACAAGUCCAGAUGGAGCAGAAGACCUGGAGGAAAGAAAACUGGACCAGAACCACUGACACUACUGGGUUCUCUUUAAACAGUACUAAGAAUUUCAAACACUCUUCCCUCGUGUUAUUUACAGACAGUUAAAGGAAGUUUGGAGAGAACUGCCUCACCCCUCCGGCCUCACCCCCAACAUUUUUUAAGUGUCAAUAAUGAUGGACUUUAAAAAAAAGAAGUGAAAAAAGUGGAGUUUGUUUCUUCACAUGUAGAGAAACGUUGUCAUGGAUGGAUAGAACCAAGAGGAGCGAGCUGAAAGGAUGGUUCAGGGGAACUCAGAACCGUUUCUCAUCUUCACCUCCAGGAGGUCCAACCCUGGGCUCCAGGACUGUUUGACUCUUUGAUUAUUAGUUGUUAAGUUUACCUGUAAACUACAGCACUCUCUAGUUCUUCUUCUCUCUGAAGCUGAGGACCCACUGAAGUGAAGACAUCCACCCCU